AUGCCUCAGCAGUCGGAGAAGCUCUCUGUGUAUCCUGAGUCGGAUAAGCCCCUCGUUGUCGUCGAGACCGAGACGGAGCUCGAGCGCCAGAUCGGCAACAUCCGCCAUGCCGUGCAGGGCUACACGCGCGAUGCGCUCCAGACGGUGCGCUCGGGUGUGGACCGCGUGGUGCAGACGGAACACAAGGUCGAAAACCGCCUCGACAAGCUCGUUGCGAAGGACGAGUCGCUGACGCCCAACGGCCUCUACGUGGGUGUUGCGACGCUCGCGAGCAUGGUCUUCACGCGGCACCGCUCCUUCCCGAUCCGCUGGAUCACCCCUCCGGUCGUCUUUGCGCUCUCGCUCAAAUACUUCCUGCCCCACACUGCGGAGAACACGGCGAACUACUACGAGUCGAUCGAGCAGAAGAAGUUCCCGGAGCUGAGCCAGAAGCGCCAGUCGGCCUGGAACACGAUCAAGGAGAAGUGGGGUACGGGUGUGUCGCACCUCGAGAUGGCCGGCUACCAAACCAAGGAUGCGAUCUCCUCGGGCAUCCAAAACGUCGAGAAGAGCACCGGCCUCAAGGUCGGCUCCAUCAUCCCGACUGGCACUGUGCCGGAAGCUGCACCGCAGAAGGCGGACAAGGCGAAGCUCGUUUAA